AUGGCAGACACUAUAGAGAACAUGCAAGAAGCUCAUAGAAAGAGAAGCGAUGAAAGACACAAUGAAGAAACCAAUGUAAACAAGAAACUCGACAAGAACUUACUCUCAGUGAUCCAAACUUGUCAUGUUGAUGUUAUUAACUGUGAUUCCCAGGAACGAGCUCCGGAUUCCAUAGUAAAGAUUAUGAAUAAGAAAGUUUAUGUGGGUUAUCACGAUAUAACAGAGUCGAUACCAACAUCUCAGAAGAAAGCUGACGAAAAUGAGACCAGGCCAGAGAAGAGGGCAAAAACUGUUCCAGAUUCAAGAGAAAGAUUCGAAGAUUUAGAGAAAAAUGUGGAAAUUCCAGAGAAUCUUAGCCUUGAUGCUCAAGAAAAGGUACCUGAGCAGAUUGAGAGGCAGAGGAGAGAGGCUCAAGACAAUCUGAAGCAACAAAGUAAUCAACAAAACACGGAGCAACAGAGAGGUGUUGAGACGAAAGGGAGGGACGUUCGUUUCAGACUUGAGCAGUUUUAUAAUCGACAACGGACUAAGAAGCAGCAGUUCCAGGCACAACAAGAAGAGAUGAAACUCCAACAAGAACAAGAAACUACUCAACAGGAACAGCAGCCGUUAGCUUCUCAUUUCCAUCUCUAUCCGCUGGUGGAGAAAUUGGCAUUUGCGGUUGAAACUGGAACACGAGAUCAGAACUCUAAUGCGCUGCUGACUGAGCUUAGUGGCUAUUUCAACAAGAGCCAACAGAUGCUGAACUCGGUUUCAGAAACACUUGGAUUUAAAACUAUGUACGUUGAUGUGCAAAAGCGAAAACUAGAAGACACUGAGAAGUUGCUUCAACACAGAAGGGGGUCGAUUGUGGAAUAUAGAAAAUCCAUUGAAGAUAUCUUGAAGAUAGAGCCUUAA